AUGGUUUAUAAAGUGAUAUUUAUUGUCAUAAAUGUUUACUAUAUUAAUGGAGAAGAUAAAGAAACGAUUGGUUCCACAAAAGAUUUAGAUUAUUCAGGGUUAGCUGGAGAGGCUGAAAUACAUAAACACGACAUACUAUCAUUUUUGAACCAGCCACACAUCCGGGAUCAAUACAAAGCUUUGUAUAACUCUCUACUGUCAAAGUUAAUGGAUACAAAUCUGUCCAGUUCGACCCGCCGUAUCGUGUCUGGACGGAACACGUCCAUAGCUGCUGUACCCUGGCAGGUGUCGCUCCGACAGAAGACAUACCCUAUCUGUGGAGGGUCAGUUAUCACGGAUAUAUGGCUACUAACAGCUGCACAUUGCCUCUUAAGAGCCCGAGCUAGUGAGCUCACUGUCCGUCUCGGCUCCUCCUGGAAGACCCACGGGGGAGAAAUGUACGACGUCAAGGACUGCUACGUGCACCCUCGUUACGUCAGCAAGACCAAAACCAACGAUGUAGGCUUGGUGCGGCUGUAUUCUCCUCUGCGGUUUUCAUCCAGAGUCCUGCCAAUACGAUUGGUAGCGAAAGAAGCCAGGUUACCAGCUGCUGAACCGGCUAUUGUUAGCGGAUGGGGGAAACUAAAGGAAGGCGGCCCUAGUGCAACGUACCUGCAAUCCUCAACAGUGAAAACGAUCGCCAUGAAACUGUGCCGGCGUUCUGGAUUAGACCGAAAGGCGAUAGACCCUGCCUCUAUGUUCUGCGCAGGUUCUUUCACUAGUGCGUCUCCUGAUGCGUGUCAGGGAGACAGCGGUGGUCCUAUAGUCUACGAGGGUGUGCUGAUCGGCGUGGUGUCUUGGGGUCUGGGUUGUGCCCGAGGGAAUUUCCCCGGCGUCUACACCCGACUCACCUACCCUGUUAUAUACGAAUGGGUGCAUGAUCAUAUCAGCAAGAAGUCCGAGAGUAAUACUACCGCGCUUUGA